AUGCGUCCUCCCCUCCGAAUCGCAGUCCUGGAAUGCGACACCCCACCGGACAAGAUCAACACGAAAUAUGGAGGCUACGUGGGGGUAUUCACAUCGCUUCUUCACGAAAGUACCAAAGCCUUAAGACAGUCAGAUAGGCUGGAUCCAGAAUCUGGUCUAGAUAUUACCGGUUGGGACGUGGUGACGGCACAGGAGUAUCCCAAGCUCGAGGACGUAGAUGCUCUUUUGUUGACUGGAUCCAAACAUAACGCCUUUGAUAACUAUCCCUGGAUCGUCAAACUCGUCGAAUAUACAAGGAACGCGAUCGAAUCCAGUCGAAUUAAAAUCCUCGGAAUCUGUUUCGGACACCAGAUCAUCGGGCGCGCUCUGGGGGCCAAAAUCGGUCGAAGUGAUAUUGGAUGGGAAGUUGCCGUGUGCGACGUGGACCUGACAGAGAAGGGAAAGGAACUGUUUGGGAGGGAGAAACUGCGCAUCCAACAAAUGCAUCAAGACUUUGUCUUCGACUACCCCUCGAAUGUCAUCUCUCUCGGGACUUCUCCCCGAUGUGCGAUGCAGGGCAUGUAUUUGCCUGGCCGUUUUAUCACCGUUCAAGGCCAUCCCGAAUUCACAGAGGAGAUAGUUACCGAAGUCGUCACCCUACGGACCAAGGCUGGUGUCUUCUCCAAGGAACAGUCAGAGGAUUUUCUGGAAAGGGCGAAAAACCAACAUGAUGGGAUCGCGAUCGGCAUAGUUUUCUUGAAAUUCUUGCUGGACGCAUAG